AUGAUAAAAAUGACAACAGGUAAAGUUAAAAAAAUUUCGUAUAUUGCAUUAAAUAAAUAUUAUAGUAUGAUAAGGCUUAAAUGUUCCAAAUAUAGGAGUAUUACAUACUGUAAUAAUAAUCCUUGUGAAUUUUCAUUUAAUAAAUUAUCCUUUAAUUGCAAAAGGUACUUAAACGAUAAUACUAAAAAUGAUUUAACUUUAGAAUGGGAAAAUUCAGAUGAUAUAGUAGAUUUACUUUAUGAAGAAUAUAAAAAUGUUGAUCCACUAACAUUAAGAUUUGAAGAAUUAGAAAAAAUGAUAAUAGAAACGGUUGUAAAUAAAAACAAAAAAAAGUUGAGUGGAAGCUGUAACGAAAGCGUUUUAGAAAAUAUACAAAUGAACUGGUUAGAAAGGUAUAAUGAAGAAAUUAGUUAA